AUGCCAACCAUUGAUCUUUCCCUUUGUGAUCAUCUUUCUCAAGACAUUUUCUGUCUUUGUAAGGCAAACUCAGAAGAGAAAAGGAUGGUGGCUGGGUGGUGGAGAAAUUAUUCUCAGGACUCAGUGACCUUUGAGGAUGUGGCUGUGGACUUCACCCGGGAGGAGUGGACUUUGCUGGAUCAAACUCAAAGGAACUUAUAGAGAGAUGUGAUGCUGGAAAACUACAAGAAUCUAGUUGUAGUAGAUUGGGAGAUUCAUACUAAUACCAAAUGGUCAGCACCUCAGCAGAUUUUUUUGCAGGGAAAAACAUCCAGUGUGGUGGAAAUGGAGACAAACCACAUUGGAGAGGAACCUUUUAACUUUAACCAGUGUGAAAGAGCAUUGAGUGACUGCUCAUGCCUUAAGACUCACAGGAGAACUUUUAGAAAGAAAACUUGUGAGUGUAAUCAGUGUGAAAAAGCCUUGACAAAACACUCUACCUUUACCCUACAAAAGAAAACCAAUGUUGGAGAGAAACUUUCUCAAUGUAAUCAAUGUGACACAGCCUUCAGCCAAACUCCACAUUUUCUGGUCUUCAAGAAAACUCACACUCAAGAAAAACCUUAUAAAUGCAGUGACUGUGGAAAAUGCUCACCUUCCUUCUUACACCUCAGAGAAUGUGUGAGAAUUCAUGGUGGUGAGAGGCCAUAUGCUUUUACAGAGUGUGGGAAAGCCUUUUCUCAUUCUAUGGGCCUUUAUGUGCACCUGCAAGCUCAUAAUGUAGAAAAACCCUAUGAAUGUAAAGAAUGUGGGAAAGCCUUUAUUCAAUUUUCAUAUCUUACUCAACAUUUAAGAACUCACAGUAGACCGAUGCCUGAGGAAUGUGUGAAAUUUGAGAAAGCCUUUGCUUAUUCUCCAGAUCUUGCUAAAUGUGGAAGACUUAAUACUAGAGAAAAACACUAUGUUUGUAAGGAAUGUGGCAAAGGGUUUACUUGUUUCUCAAAACUUACCAUUCACAUGCGAGUUCACACUGGAGAAAAACCCUAUGAGUGUAAUAAAUGUGGGAAAGCCUUCACUGAUUCUUCAGGUCUUACAAAGCACGGAAGAACUCAUACUGGAGAAAAGCCUUAUGACUGUAAGGAAUGUGGAAAAGCCUUUGCUAGCUCUUCACAUCUUACUGUACAUAUGAGAACUCAUACUGGUGAGAAGCCUUAUCAAUGUAAGGAAUGUGGGAAAGCCUUUAGUAAUUCCUCUUGCUUUAAAAGUCACAUGCAGACUCACCCAGGUGUGAAACCCUAUGACUGUAAGCAGUGUGGAAAAACCUUUAUUUGAUCCUCAUUUCUUAUUCAACACUUAAGGAGUCACAGUGUAGAAAGGCCUUUUGAAUGUAAGGAAUGUGGGAAAGCCUUUAGUUACUCCUCACACCUUAGUCAACACAAAAGAACACACACUGGAGAGAGACCAUAUAAAUGUAAAAACUGUGGGCUAGCCUUCACUAUUUCAUCAGGACUUACAGUGCACAUGAGAACUCACACUGGUGAACGGCCCUAUGAAUGUCAGGAAUGUGGGAAAGCCUUUACUUGAUCCACAUAUCUUUUUCGACAUUUAAGAGCUCACAGUGGAGAAGCCAUAUAUAAAAAAGUGUGGGAAACCUUCACUAAUUCCUCAUGCCUUACUGAACGUGUAAGAAUUCACACUUGA